AUGUCGACUUCAAACGAUGCCCCGAUACGAUCGCCGACUCCAUCUUUAACAGCGAUGGCGGCAGUUUCUCAGGUCACGCUGCCAGAAGUCAGAAAAGCUCCAGGAUCGCCAGCGUCGCUAGAUGCGACUCCAGCCGUCCCAGCAGGCGACCAAGGCAAUGAUAGUCUUGCGCCAGAACAACCUCAAUCAGGGGGACAGCGUAUUUCUCGGGGGGCAAUAACAGAAGAUUCAACAGUAGAUUCAACGCCUGCAGAGGCGGAACCCUAUGAGCAUAGACAUGCGGGUCCAGACACACUUGUGCCGGUCCAAGAACGUCCAGUAACUGCGACUACGUUAAUCAGGGCCGCAAAUGUAAGCGGAAGUGUUACUGCAGAGCCAGGAAAGUAUUUCCCAACUCCUUCGAGUCAGAGCCAGUAUCAAAAUCCGAGUCAGGCACAGGGUUACGGCGCAUCUUCCGUGCCUCCUACAAUGUUCUCUAGUGGAUACAGUCAAGGGCUUGCGUCUGCGCCUGCACCUGGGGUUGAAACAGAGCCCGGUCCUGCUGCUCCCUACUCUUAUUAUCCUCCUACGUACGAACAGUAUGGCGACGCUUAUGGGUAUGGAUAUGGAUACGGGUACAAUCAGAGAGGCGCGGUUGAACAAGAAGACGAGUAUUCGGAGCAACCGGGAUUCUGGAGUGUUGCCAAGUCCUGGAUGAGGACUGCUGGUGAGAAGAUUGUAGAACUGGAAGCUGAGUUCUGGAGGAGAGUCAACGAGGCCCACGAGCCGUGA